AGGACAUAAUAAAAAAAAAAAAACAAAAAAAUGGAUUGUAUUGCUUUGGAGGUUCUUGUUUCGAUAAAAUUUUCUCAUAUUUUUUGUUGCCAUAGAUUCGUAGACCUUAACAUUCAGUAACAAAUACUAAAGAAAUAAGUAAAUACUUGAGGUCAUCGAUCGAAGUAGGUGAAGGUAUUGUUUUUUAACAUUUUCCGAGUGAUCGUCUAAUUCAACUGCUUGACAACCAGUUUGCGACAGAAAUCGCUGGGAUGUUUUUAGAAACCAAGAGUAGUCUAUAAACAUCAACAAGCAUUUUGAACGAAAGCGCUGGCGCUCAAUUUUUUGAAGUUCGCAACAAAUCGUAAACCACGGCGUCGAAAAAAACUGAAGAAUCUGCCCAUCUGGAAGCAGAUAACCGAUAUAAGAUGCCAGCAGCUAGUUUUGGAUCACUGUCACAGCUUCCUGGAACAGGGGACUGUGGCAUUAAGGAUGUAUGGAAUCACAACUUGCAUGAAGAAUUUCAAAUAAUAAGACAAGUUGUCCAAAAGUACCAUUGGGUGGCAAUGGACACAGAAUUUCCUGGAGUGGUUGCUCGACCUAUUGGAGAAUUCAGAUCCACGGCUGAUUACCAGUAUCAACUGCUAAGGUGUAAUGUUGAUCUGUUGAGAAUCAUUCAGUUGGGUCUCACAUUCAUGGAUGAAAAUGGCAAGACUCCACCUGGUUAUACCACAUGGCAAUUCAACUUUAAAUUUAAUCUACAAGAAGACAUGUAUGCACAGGAUUCAAUAGACUUGCUGCAAAAUUCAGGCCUUCAAUUCAGAAAACACGAAGAGGAUGGUAUUGAGCCACUGGAGUUUGCAGAGUUAUUGAUGUCAUCUGGACUGGUGCUAAUGGACAAUAUCAAAUGGCUCAGUUUCCACUCUGGUUAUGACUUUGGCUACCUUCUCAAGCUACUCACAGACCAGAACCUACCUCAGGAUGAAAAUGAUUUCUUUGAAAGCCUAAGGUUGUACUUCCCAACAGUUUAUGAUGUGAAGUACCUGAUGAAGCUAUGCAAAAACUUGAAAGGUGGACUGCAGGAGGUGGCAGACCAACUCGAAUUACGUCGAGUGGGACCACAGCACCAGGCUGGCUCUGACUCACAUCUAACAGGAAUGGCUUUCUUUAAAAUAAAAGAGAUAUUCUUUGAUGAUAACAUCGAGAGUUCCAGCGGACAUUUGUAUGGAUUGGGUGCACCGUUUUCGGUGAAUGUCAAUAAUUUCCAAGACAAUGGCGAAAACGGAAACUCUUCUUGAUCCUUAGAAAAUGGGCAUGUCAUAAGCCUGACGCCACAACCUCGAGUGUUUCACAUUUCAGAGUGAAUGUAACACUUAAAUGUGUGCUGUGUAUAUAAUGUUUACAACUGUGUGUGACAAUUUGUCGUUAUUUAAGUGAUCAUGUCUCCCUCAUCUGUGAUUAUGCCUUUUCCGUGUUUGGUCCACUAUUUGAUUUAGGCUAGUAACAAAAGCUUUGACAAAAAAAAAAGAAAUAUUAACCUUACUCAAAAUACUAAAUCUACUGCCGAAAAUACUAACUUUGUGACUUCUUUUGUCCGAAUAAAAAUUACGAAACGACCGAAUGAGAUACUGAAAUCUUCUAAAAGUAAACUUUUAUUGAAACUAUGCUUUGUAAUUUUUAUCUUUACUUGCCUACUAUUAAUUCAUAAAUUACCUUUCAUAUUUCAUAGACUGUGGUACUUAUUAACUGUAACACUGUAUUGAAAAUAUUAUUUUUAGUGGUAAUACAGAAACUUAUAAGAAUGUAAUGUAAUAAUAACUUUUACUUGCAUCAUA